AUGGCAUACCCAGCUACACCACAAAGACCUCUCCCAGGCGCAUACUUUGCAACUCCUGCAGCUUCUAGAUUUGGCCCAGGUCCUCCCAUCCGACAGCCUCUCUUUGGCCAGAACGGGCGCCAGCCUCCUGCAGGUCCAACUCCAAACGAUGGAAACCCAAACCCUCAAUCGCAAGAGACUCCUGCUCCUAGAGCUCUGCCUCCGGUGCUGCGAGCAGCUAAUACUAUAAAUGCCGUGCUGGAUCGAGAAGUACGCUUCCCUGAGAUCGAUAGCUAUGUUAGACAGGGCAUUUCUUCCGACUAUGAUCUCCCACAGCACAACACCGAGGCUGCUUGGGCGCCUUUUCAACGGACCCGAAUGUACGAUAUCCCCGACCGCAUCCUCGAGCAGUACAACCGCGCGGAAGUGCAGACGAUGAUGGGCCUCUUCGCAGAGCUGAAUCACGCUUGGGUAGUGAUUGACAAUUCGCUAUACCUCUGGGACUACACCAAUCCGAAUCCAGAGGUCAUCGGCUUCGAAGAGCAGGCGAAUACCAUUACGGCCGUCAAGCUGGUUGUGCCGAGAGCAGGCGUUUUUGUCAAUGAGAUCAAGUAUCUGCUGGUGGUGGCUACGACCGCGGAGAUCAUCCUUUUGGGCGUGUCCACGACGAUCGAGACGACGCCGCUGACUUCGAGGUUGGAUAAUACAGGAGUAAGGACGGUCUCGCUGUACCAGACCAGAAUGACGCUGGGCAUCCGGGGAAUUAAUGUGGAGGUUAUCGAGGGCUCGAGGACGACUGGUCGAAUCUUCUUUACGGGGAGGGCGGAUAAUGAAGUUUACGAAUUGACAUAUCAGCAAGAAGAGAAGUGGUUUGCGAGCAGAUGUGGGAAGGUCUGCCAUACUAGCCCUGGAUAUUCUUCUCUAGUGCCGGUCUUAUGGGGACCGAGAUCACAGGAGCAUGUAGUGUCGAUGGUGGUGGACGAUAGCAGACGACUGCUCUACACCCUGUCCUCUGAGUCUUCGAUCCGAACCUUCUACAUGGAUACGGACGUCAGUCUACAGCAAGUUAUUGAGAAGAGACGCCAAGAAUGCUUGCGGGAUAUUAGUCACAUGGUCUCACAGUCGCCUCUUCUUACGAACACGAUGAGGAUCUGCUCGAUCAGCCCUAUAUCUGCAAACGAAGGAUCCAAGCUUCACUUGAUGGCCAUGACCACCACUGGCUGUAGACUUUUCCUCAGCGCAACUCGUGGCUAUGGCGGAAACUAUAACAACCAAGGUGCUCCUCAAAGCAUGCAAGUUCAACACAUCAAAUUCCCUCCCCGACUCGAUCCCAGACCCCCAAAUGCAGCUGCAUCUCCAUACUCUGGUAUUCCCGAUACGACUAUCGAGACUUCAUCGCUUGCACUUGCUUUCUCGCAAAUGGGGCUCCGCUUCCCCCCGGGGCUGUUCUUCUGCUUUGUUAUGAAGACAAAUAACAACGAGCAGGAUUCUCUGUUCUUAUCUGGUCCAGACACUGGUCGGAUAGCUGCACAGGCUCAGGCCAACGCAGCUCCGAGAUACUUCGAGCAAGCCUGUUGGAUCAGCCUCAACAGUCGUGCCGAAGCUGUUGGCCUUGUCACACCCCCCUUCGCUGCUGCCCCUACCCCUGCAGGGUUUGGAAACGAGCUUGCCGUUCAAUUUGAUCAACCUCCUCAAGAAGUUGCGAUUCUCACAAACACCGGCAUUCACGUAAUCCGCCGAAGACGACUUGUGGACAUCUUUGCUGCUGCCAUCCGGAGUCAGGGUGGAGAUGAGGGCUUGGAAGCCGAGAUCAAGAGGUUCAUUAGAAAUUAUGGACGGGCUGAGACUACUGCGACUGCCCUGGCGGUCGCUUGCGGUCAGGGGAGCGAUACAACGCCUGGCGAUACCCGAAUAUCGCGAAUCAGCAACCCGGAAACUUUGGAGCUGGCGCGCAAGUGCUUUGUUGAGUUUGGUGGACGACCUUCCUUGAAUGAAAACAUGGUCUCGGAAGGUCCUUCGCAGGCCAUCGACAACGUCAGACCCUCUUCCCGGCACGAGGGCUUGGCAAUAUAUAUGGGUCGCCUUAUUCGCGCCGUUUGGAAAUCAUCUGUGAUUACUCAAGAAGUACCGGCAAACACAACCGCAGCGAUCAUCAGGUCUACAGCUGACCCCCAAAAACUUGUUUCAAUCCAGGAGGAGCUGACCAAACUGGCAACGUUCUUGGAGAGGAAUAGGUCGUUUAUCGAGGGUCUUGCUGGUCCAGAGAGUCUGCAACGAGUUGCCAGUCAACAGGAAGAGAUCGCUCUUCAGGGCGAACACCAGGCUCUCCACUCCCUACAAAGGCUCAACUCGAACAUCAUCGAGGGCAUCUCUUUUGUUCAGAUGCUGUUUGAUGAGGGAGUUGACGAAAUCUUCGCCAGUCUAGAGGAUAUUCCUAGACAAGAAUUGCGUGACCUGACCUACGAGAAGCUCUUCUCCACUGAGCAAGGCAAGGAGUUAGCCAAGGUCUUGGUGAAGGCCAUUGUAAAUCGAAAUAUUGCCAAUGGAUCCAACGUCGAUACUGUUGCUGAAGCUCUCCGUCGUCGUUGUGGAAGCUUCUGCAGUGCUGACGAUGUAAUCAUCUUCAAGGCCCAAGAGCAAUUGAAGAAGGCUAGCACACUCACGCCAAACUCCGAUAUGCAGCGAAAGCUUCUCAACGAGAGCCUCGGCCUUUUCAAGCAGGUUUCGGGAGCUUUGUCUUAUGCCUACUUACAAGAUGCCGUGGACCAAUUCACCAACCUCGGAUUCUAUGCUGGCGCCAUCAGCCUUGCUCUCGUCGCCGCCAAAGAGUCGGACCGAGGCAACAGAGCGUUGGCAUGGGUGAACGAGAAUAAACCUGCCGACGAUCCCCGAGAGCAUGAAUACGAAUUCAGAGAGAGAUGUUACGGUCUCGUCCACACCGUCCUCCGCCGAGUUGAUGUCGACAAUUCUACCUUGCCCCAGUCGAUCGAUGGACGACCUACCCUCAGUGCAACGAGGCGCACUGAGGCUCACGAUGUGGUCAAUGACUCGGAUGACGAGCUGUUCCAGUUUGGUCUCUACGACUGGUAUCUCAGCCAAGGAUGGACCGAUGUACUGCUUGCUGUUAACUCUAACUUCGUUGUCCAAUAUCUUACCAGGUCUUCCGUUGCGGAUCUGGAACGAGCUGAUUUGCUUUGGAGAUUCCACGUUCACCGCGAUAGUUUUUACGAUGCUGCUCUAGUUCAACUUAACUUGGCCAACAGCGAUUUCCAGAUUACUCUCGCCAAGAGAAUCGAAUACCUCUCCCGAGCGAAGGCAAAUGCUUCCGCCAACACAGUCGGCAUUGGACGCCAAGCUCGACAGGUCCUCCUGUACGAGAUCACCGAGCUUCUGGACGUAGCAAACAUCCAAGACGAGCUUCUUCACUGCGUGCGCGCUGAUCCUCGCGGCACAAAUGAAACAAGAGACGCACUUGCUUCUCAGCUCGACGGUAACAUCCUCAAUCUCUCUGAACUCUACAAUAGAUUCGCCGACCCCGCCGCCUACUACGAAAUCUGCCUCUCUAUCUACGAAGCCGCCUCGCACACCAACGAAGCCGACAUCAACGCAACCUGGGUCUCGCUUCUUAACCAGACCCACGAGCGCCACAGUGGGCCCGACUCCACCCAGCAACCAUAUGAAGCGGUCAUCACCAUGAUCCGCGAAAUGUCCACCCGCCUCUCCCGUUCAGAGUCAACCUUCUCCCCACACAACAUGAUCCCUCUCCUGGCCGCCUACGCUGUAGACAGGGCAGUCACGCAAACUGGCACUCCAGCAGGUUCCCGUACCUGGCUCCCAGACCUCUUCCUUGAAGUUGGCUUCCCGCCCGAGACGAUCCUAUCAGUGCUCAGAGAUAUGUGGCAGAACUCUGCGCCGCCGUUUGUGGGAGGUGCGAAGAAGAGCCUGCUGGCGAGCUGGAUGGUGUAUGUAGUGGAGCAGUGGUACAUGGAGUGUGUGCGCACUAACCAGCCCCUGUAUGGAGGCGGCGAUAAUGCCGACGAGGUAAUGGAUAUUCUCAUUGAUCUUGAGCGUGCACCGGGGGCUCUGACGCCGCAAGAGUCGCAUGAUAGCCAGGAGCUGAGGAAGAGGGUAUUGAGGGCUUUCUGA